AUGGCAAUGAAUCCGAACAUAUUAUGGUACGAGUCGUUUCAAAAGGAAACCUCGGGAUUGGAAGAACAUACGAUUAACACAGCUGAAAAGUCGUUUAAGUGCAAAACAUGCGGGAAGGGUUUUGCUCGAUCAUCAGAUAUGAAUAGACAUAUGAGGAUUCACAUAGGUGAAAAAUUCAACUGCACUGUAUGCUUCAAAACAUUCCUGGGGAAACGCUAUUUGACAUGA